CGCCAACGAAGACGGAUUUGGGCUCUCCCGCUCUUGGAACGGUGAAGAAGUCGAAGGAUGCCUAUGCGAUCGGUGUUCGACGCCGGGGACAUUAGAAGGGAGUUCGAAAACGCAGGGCUCGACGCGAAGUUUGUUCCGGUUAUAUGGAAGCAUGUGGUUCAGAAUCAGAAGCAAAACGGUGAGUGCGAGGAAUUCGACUGGCAGAAGCAAGUUCCAUCAUUGCCCUCAGCAGCAUACUCUUUGCUUCAUUCCAAGUUCAAAAAGCCCCUCUCUUCCUCUGUUCACUCUGUGUUCCACUCUGCUGAUAAUCUCACCACCAAGCUCCUCAUCAAGCUCCAUAAUGGAGCUCUUGUGGAGACUGUGAUAAUGAGGUAUGAUACGCGUUUGGGGAAAUAUGGUGGUAAACCUCGUCCUGGUGGUCUAAGAUCAACUCUGUGUAUAUCAUCGCAGGUAGGUUGCAAAAUGGGUUGCAAAUUCUGUGCAACUGGAAGUAUGGGAUUCAAAAGUAAUUUAUCAUCUGGAGAGAUUGUGGAACAAUUGGUUCAUGCUUCUUGUUUAUCAGAAAUCCGUAAUGUUGUCUUCAUGGGAAUGGGAGAGCCUCUGAAUAACUAUUCUGCCUUGGUAGAAUCUAUUCGUGUCAUGACUGGAUUGCCAUUUCAAUUGUCACCAAAAAGGAUAACUAUCUCAACGGUCGGCAUCAUUCAUGCUAUUAACAAACUUCAUAAUGACCUGCCUGGUUUAAAUUUGGCAAUCUCACUCCAUGCACCGCUCCAAGAUAUCCGUUGCCAGAUAAUGCCUGCAGCCCGUGCUUUCCCAUUGGAAAAACUCAUGGAUGCAUUGCGAGAAUAUCAAAGGAACAGUCAGCAAAAAAUCUUAAUUGAGUACAUAAUGCUUGAUGGGGUGAAUGAUGAAGAGCAACAUGCCCACCAACUGGGGAAGCUGGUUGAGACAUUUCAAGUGGUAGUUAACUUAAUUCCUUUCAAUCCUAUCGGCACCCUGAGUCAGUUCAGAACUAGUAAUGAGGAGAAAGUAUCAAGGUUUCAGAAAAUUCUUAGGGGCAACUAUGGUAUUCGAACAACAGUCCGAAAGCAGAUGGGUCAGGACAUCAGUGGUGCUUGUGGGCAGCUGGUGGUUAAUCAACCGGACAAGAAGUCUCUUGGAAAUGCAGGUGUCCUAACUGACAUAGAAGAUCUUGUUAUUUGAUGACAAUUUGGUCCUCCAAUUGGUAAUCCCCAAAAACAGUGAGUGUACAAGGUUGUUCUCGAAAAUAUAAAGUUGUCAUCAGUUAGUUUAUCGAGUGCUGCAACCAACUUGUUAUUUUUGGAGCACUAACGAUUGGUUUUUUUUGGGAUUAACACUAAAUAGGCCUUAUGAUAUGUUACAGAAGAAAAUUAGAAGUUGGUUAGGGUAGUUAUAGGAGAAUGAUUCUGUGACUAAAUUGUUGGUUUAUUCUUAAUGUAGCUUUGUUUUUGUUGAUGGCUGAAUU